AUGGCGGCAGCCUACGUGACGGUGACGCCUGCUCUGGCUGAGCUUAUCAGCUCGUUGCCUCAGGAUGAAGUCCCAAUCAAGUUACGCUGCGCUAUCUGCAGCAAACUGGCUGUGAAUGCCUUCAGGACCCCCUGCUGUGAGCAGAUGAUUUGCGAGAACUGCAAAUUGGCCCUUCGAUCGACAUGUCCCGUCUGCGAGCAUACCCCAAUGUCGGCCGACGACUGCAAGCCCAACAAAGCCCUCCGAAUGACGACCAAGGCCUUUCUGAAAACUGCCGAGAAGAAACGAGACAGCUCUCAGGCCAAGGAGUCUACGCCGAUGACGCCCGUCGAUCCCAAGCCUGCACCGACACCGACCGUAUCUGAUGAUAAGCCAUCAGUUGAAGACAGCAGUGCGGAUGUAACGACUGCACCCGUCACCCAGGAGACACAGCAAGAAGGCGAACAGCAGGCUCAAGCGGAUGGCCCUGUGACCGAGCAGAAUGCCGCUCUCGAAGCCACGGGUACGAACGCGGACCAUGUGUCUACUGCUGAAAUUGAGAAUGAGCCAUCAGGCGAGCAAGUGUCGGGGGAGGCUGAAAAUCCGGAAGAUAACAAAACGGAAGAGCAGAACGAAUCAAAUGAGGACCAGGGAGAUGCCGAGGCAGCCCCAGAAGAUGCAGAUGGCGAUGAGAAUAAUAAAGACAACAACCAACAGAACUUCCCCAAUGGCCUCGGCUUUGGUGGUGGCAUGAACGGAUCGUUCCCCAACAUGAACUUCGGCGGUGACUUCAAUCAAAUGCAGAUGAUGAUGGCCAUGCAGAAUGGAAUGGCGCCCAACUUCGGCGGGUUCCCUAUGAUGGGCAUGGGCAUGGACCCCUCGAUGAUGAACAUGUACCAGAUGAGCAAUGGCUUCGGACCAGGCAUGGACAUGAGCAUGAUGAACGGCAGCAUGGGAGGGUUCAAUGGUAGCAUGGGCGCCGAUGGUAACUGGAACGGACCGCAAACGUGGAAUAACGGCCAGAAUAAUUACAAUCAUCCAAAUGCUUCUGGCAUGGGUAACGGUGAUUAUGGAGACUUUAACUCUGGCUACCAAACAGGAUACAAUCAAGGUAAUUUUGGCCCUCACAACCAAUUCAAUGCCUAUCGCGGGAGAGGCUUUUAUCGAGGCGGUCGUGGAUUCCGUGGCCGCGGAAACUUCAAUAACUUUGGCCGUGGUGGCUUUGGUUAUGGGCAACAAGGAAAUUACCAGGGCCAGAACUACAUGAAUCAGCAAGAUGGCUCAAACAUGAUGGACAAGGACCCAAAUGGUCCUCAGCCGCUUCCCAACGUAUCAUCUGGUGAAGGCGAGGGAGACAAGAGUGUCGACGAGUUUGGCCGUACCAUCCGUCCCGAAUCGAAUCAGGAUGAUGUGCAAGAUGCCGACAAGACCGGGUCGGUGAACGAGAAUGGAGACGGCAACGCUAAGUCAGAAGCUCCAGGUGCAGGACCAGACAAUGCGGCCGGGUCUGGUCAGACCUACAACGCAGAUCAAGCAGCUUCAGGUGGAAGUGCUGGUGGUAAUUUUGUACCUGCAGACCUAAGUAUAAGACCAGGUUCAGGACCGCCCUUUGGCGUCAAUCAUCCUCGCGGUGGAAGCUUUGGGGUAAUGCCACCUCCAGCUGCCCCUGUGCCUGACGUACCUCUGAAUGCACCCAAGGGACCAAAAGCUAUGCGCCAGGGUCUGCCAAACACCAGCCUGCUUAACUUACGUGCCAGAGGAUACCAAAUUCCUGGUGACGAGACCUUCAACAGGGUCCAAAGCCCGAGUACCCCAGCGAAUGGCACUGGUACUCCAGUUGACGAUGAACGUGAGCAUCAUAGGUCGCGGAGUAGUUCUCCGCGAAAGGGAGAUUCAGAGCACCAGCGUGAGCGAAGCACUAGCAGAAGCAAGGCCAGCCGUGACCAGGAGCGGGACAGAAGUCGUCACCGGGACCGUCAUGGUAAAGACCGCGAUCGCUCGGAGUCAGCAGCUCCCGAGCGCAGCCGCAGUGGUGAGCGCCGGGACCGCAAGCGUAAGAGUCGACGGGACCAUUCCGCCUCAGAUGGCGAGCGAGACUACGACAGGGAGCGACGCCAUCGCCACCGCAGCAGUAAGAGACAUCUGGAUGAAGAUGAGGAACGAAAGUCACGAUCUUCCAGGGACGAGAAAUACGGUGACCGGUCGAGAUCUGCCUCACCUACUGGAUCGCGCAAGGCAAGUCACCGCAGCAGUCGCAAAGAGCGAGACUCCGAGAAACGACGGGAUCGGGACAGGGACCGUGAGAAGGACCGAGACCGCGAGCGGGAUUUCACCGAUGAUGACCGGGAUCACAAGCGAAGGUCCAACCACCGCUCAUCACACCGAGACAGAGACAGAGAGAGGGACCGCGACCACGACCGGUCUGACCGAUCUGAUCGGGACAGAGACCGGGAGAAGGAUAAAGACAGGGAGCGAAGGCGCGACCGCGACCGCGACCGCGACAAGGAGCGCGAGAAGCGGCACAGCAAGCGGUCCACCGCCGAGCCACCAACCCCGACAGAGCCUGCAGAGGACGUGAAGCCAUUCAACCCCCCUACCGGCCCCAGAGGCAGCAUAUCCAAGAACUUCUCCAUCUUCAACGCGCCGAAAGGCUUCGAGAUCAGGGGCGCCUCUGCCAAGAACUCGAGCAGCACAUCCUCGUCCACCACCAAGCAGCCUCCCUCCGGCCCCGCCGCAGACAGGGACAGGGACAGGGACAGGGACAGGGACAGGGACAAGGGAAGGGACAGCCGGCGGUCCUCGUCGGCGUCGACGUCCAAACCGUCCGGGCUCGACCCCCACGCAGCAGAGCGCGAGCGGCGCAACCGCGAGCGCUUGCUGAAGGAGACCCAACGGCUUGCGCAGUUUACGGGGCUGAAGCGACGCAGCGCCGAGGACGCCGGCGGCGGGUCCGACUCGAAGAGGAGCCGGCUCCGCAGAGGCGGCCAGGUCGUGGAUGAGGAUGACGAGGCCAGGCUGAAGAAGAGCGAGGCUGAGAGGGAGGAGAGCAGGUGGGGCUAG